CGGUUCUUCGUUCGGUAUACUUUAUUAACAACCAGCAUUUUAAGUGUGUGUUCUAUUCUAUAUAAGUAUUAAGUAACUUAAUCAGUAUCGGUCUGAACGGAAAGGAAAUAUUUAAUUUAACUUUGUGUGCACAAGUGCAUAUAUUAACGCAUACAGCAUUUACCAUUUUAUUUGGUUUACUACGACUAUAUACUAUACUACAACACUGUAAUUAACACAAAAGAAAGAAAGAAAUAAGUUAUUCCACUUGCAGAGGGGUUUUUACUUUAUACCAUUUUCUCUUAUCAUCAAUAUUUUUUUCGUAUAUUGUGCUUGUGUGGUUUCGUGGAUAUGACACCUCGUAUCAGUAAAAUUUUGCCGACUAAAUUAGUCGGUCGAUUUUUCAAGCUACUACAAACUUAGAGCUGACUCGGCUAAUGUGCAAAGUCAUCGAUGCAUAUUCAGUGAAUUUAAAUUUAAAUUAAAUUUUGGUUUGACCAAUUCAACAAAGGCCACGACAUACCGUCCCUUCGAGCCAAGUCAUUUAAGUACUCGCGGUUACAUAAUUUUCGGUGUCUCGUUGUACACAAAUUAAAAACGAAAUAAGUUUUGUUUUCAUUUUGAAAAGAAGUAAGAAUAUCGCAUAGAAACUAUGUCGUGUUUGGGGUGGUUCAGUGGUUUUGCCGUGUUUGUAUUGAUUGUUCAAAUUCUGCGGUUUGUGCUGCCGUGGCUGUAUGAAAAUAUUAUCGGUCCGAAUUUUGUUGGAUCACCAAUUAAAUUUAGAGAGCUAGGAGAAUGGGCUGUUGUAACCGGUGCAACGGAGGGUAUCGGAAAAUCAUAUGCCAAAGCUCUUGCCAAAGAAGGUCAGAAUCUGGUGCUGAUUAGCCGAUCGAAACCAAAGUUGGACGACGUUGCGAAAGAAAUCGAAUCACAACAUCGAGUCCAAACGAAAACCAUUGCAGUCGAUUUCACCGGUUCGACCGAAAUUUAUGCUGCCAUUGAGCAACAGUUGCAAGACUUGACGGUCGGUGUGCUCGUCAACAAUGUUGGAAUGAGUUAUUCGAAUCCCGAAUACUUCCUCACCAUUCCCGAUCGGGACAAGAUGCUCGGCGACAUUGUUACGUGUAAUAUUGUGUCGGUGACGAAUAUGUGCAAAAUUGUAUUACCCGGAAUGGUUGAACGCAAGAAAGGUGUCAUCAUCAAUAUUUCAUCCAUGGCAGCUACAAUUCCAAAUCCCCUAUUGACUGUGUACAGUGCGUCCAAGGCAUUCGUCGACAAGUUCUCCGAAGAUUUAGCUACCGAGUACGGUAAGAAGGGAAUAACAGUUCAGUCCGUUUUGCCUGGAUUCGUUGCAACGAAUAUGUCGAAAAUACGGAAGCCGACAUGGAUGGCUCCCAGCGCAGAUCGUUUCGUCGAAUCGGCUCUGAAAACAAUCGGCAUUUCACGGCACACAACUGGCUACUAUCCACACGCAAUCAUGCAGCUUGUGAUUAACGGCAUGCAUGCACUCUUCCCCGAAACAGCAAAUCGCCUAGUUCUCUCUCAAAUGGAAGCUAUGCGAGCGAAGGCUUUAAGAAAAAAGGCCACCUAAACUGCAAGGGAAUUCUCUCCAUUUUCCAUCGUUCAAAUGUUUUUGCAUUUUUUUGUAAUGUUUGUGUGCUCUUCAAUAUACCAAAGAUGUUCGCAUUUUGAA